AUGGAGCUCGGAGCGCUCGGGCUGCUCUGCCUCUGCCUCUGCCUGGCCGGCGUCCUCCUGGCCCCGGGCUGCCGGGGGGCGCAGGGCAGGUUCGCCUACAAGCUGCUCCACGACCUCUUCGCCAACUACUCGAGCGCCCUGCGCCCCGUGGAGGACACGGACCGGGCGCUCAACGUCACCCUGCAAGUCACCCUCUCCCAGAUCAUCGACAUGGACGAGAGGAACCAGGUCCUCACCUCAUACCUGUGGGUGCGCCAGGCCUGGCUGGACGCCCACCUGACCUGGGACAAGAAUGACUACGGCGGCAUCGACAGCAUCCGCAUCCCCAGCAGCUACGUCUGGCGGCCAGACAUCAUCCUCUACAACAACGCCGAUGAGCACUUCGGGGGCUCCAUGGAGACCAACGUGGUGCUGCGCUCGGACGGGCACAUCAUGUGGGACUCGCCCGCCAUCACCAAGAGCUCCUGCAAGGUGGACGUGUCCUACUUCCCCUUCGACGGGCAGCGCUGCCGCCUCACCUUCGGCUCCUGGACCUACAACGGCAACCAGAUAGACCUCCGCAACCGGCUGGACAGCGGGGACCUGACGGACUUCGUGGAGAACGUGGAGUGGGAGGUGCUGGGCAUGCCGGCCACGCGGAACGUCAUCACCUACGGCUGCUGCUCCGAGCCCUACCCCGACAUCACCUACACGCUGCUCCUGCGCCGCCGCGCCUCCUUCUACAUCUUCAACCUGCUCCUGCCCUGCAUCCUGGUCUCCUUCCUGGCGCCCCUCGGCUUCUACCUGCCCGCCGACUCGGGGGAGAAGGUGUCGUUGGGGGUGACGGUGCUGCUGGCCCUCACCGUGUUCCAGCUGCUGGUGGCGGAGAGCAUGCCGCCCUCGGAGAGCGUCCCGCUCAUCGGGAAGUACUACAUCGCCACCAUGACCAUGAUCACAGCCUCCACUGCACUGACCAUCUUCAUCAUGAACGUCCACCACUGCGGGCCGGGGGCCCGGCCCGUGCCCCCCUGGGCACGGCAGCUCAUCCUCCACCACAUGGCCCGGCUCUGCUGCGUCUACGAGGUGGGCGAGAGCUGCAAGAGUGCCCAGCGGAUGCUGGGCAGGCAGGGGAGCAGGGGGGAUGCUGGGGGGCCGUGGGAGAGCCCCGGGGAGGGGGAGGUGGGCUCCGAGGCCGGGGUCUGCCCCUGGGACCACUGCCUGUGCCACCACGACGCCCUGCUGAGGAACGUCGGCUACAUCGCCGGCUGCUUCCGGCGCCACCGCGCCAACCAGCGCCGCACCGGGGAGUGGAAGAAGGUGGCCAAGGUGAUGGACCGCUUCUUCAUGUGGAUCUUCUUCCUCAUGGUUUUCCUCAUGAGUGUGCUGGUCCUGGGCAAUGCUGCCUGACGGCCCUGGGGACCCACCACCCCCAG